GGCGGUCGGUGGGCGUGGCCCCAGAGUUUCAUUACAAAAAGUUUGGAGUCUGGAGGCGGCUGUGGAGGCGGCGACUUCUCAUGCACAGCCGAUUGAUAACAACAACUACAACUACAGCAGCAGCAGCAGCAGCUUGUAAUACAACAACAACAACCAGGUCGACCACAGCGACCACCACUACCACCAACGUCGGAGCAGCAGCAACAGCGGCUCCCCGUUGCGCCAUGGAAGUCUUCAGGGUGGCGGGGCGAGCCAUCGUCAGAAGCCCCAACGCGGGCAAAAGUUGUGGGCAUAAGAUCUGUUACAGGCUACGCGGGGGUUCUUUGUCUUUGCGCGCUCCGUUAGAGCUGCCGGAGAACUGGACGGACACGAAGGAGACGCUGCUGGAGGGGAUGUCCUUCCACCUCAAGGAGCUGGGCUCCACCCUCGUGGACGCGCCCAAGGGAGAGGAGCUCACCGCGCACGCAGUCAAGCGCAUCGUGGGCAUGGCGAAGGCAAGCGGCAGGAAGCUGCGCAAGGUGACGGUGACCGUCUCGCCCAAAGGCCUCGUGCUGCACGACUCCUGCACCGGGGAGGUCCUGGACAACAUCUCCAUCUACCGGAUCUCGUACUGCACGGCUGACAAGGUGCAUGACAAGGUGUUCGCCUUCAUCGCCCAGAGCGGCCUCGACGACAGCCUCGAGUGCUUCGCCUUCCUCUGCACCAAGAAGAAAGUGGCCCAGGCGGUGACUCUGACGGUGGCCCAGGCGUUCCGCGUGGCGUUUGAGUUCUGGCAAGCGGCUAAAGAAGCUAAGGAAGGGGGCGCCCCCCCUCAGCAGGGCAGCGGUGGCGUCGCCAUGCGGAGCGGCACGGAGGGAGGAGCAGCACCCCUAGGGGACGGGCCCCCCCUGGAGGGGGCGCCCCCCACGGGCCCCCCUUCCCUGCCGCUGCUGGACCUGUCCGAGUGCUCUGCGGCCGCCCCCUGGGGCGCCCCCACCCACCCCGGCGGGCCCCCCACCCCUCCCCCCGACUUCCCCCGGGCUGCCCACACGGUGCCGCCCCCUCCUCUGGGGGGGGCCCCGCGAGGGUGGGGGGCCACGGACUUUGCUGAUGACGAUGACCUGGACGAAGCUUUUGGGAGGUUGGCGCAUUCGCGCACCAACCCGGAGGGCGGUGAGGCCGGGGUGGUGAGCGGCGGCGUCGCGCUCGCCAGCCCCGUGCCCACGCUCGCCAGCCCCGUGCCCACGCUCGCCAGCCCCGUGCCCACGCUCGCCAGCCCCGUGCCCACGCUCGCCAGCCCCGUGUCCCCCACAGAGGCAGAGUUCUUCAGGUUCUGAAUCCCAAGAGCUCCCUACUCGGCCCUAUUCAACCCCACCCCCAUAUAUACACACAUACAUGUACGUACCCCCAUAUAUAUACACGCAUAUACACAUAUACACCUGUACCCAUUCAUACGCCUAUAGUUGUACAUUUAUACAGACGUGCGUAUAAAUAACCCACGUAUAGUACACGCAGGUAUACCUACCCCCAUGCACCUAUAUAAAGCAUGUAUAUUUACACUUGGCUGAACACAGACACAAUUACGUGUGCCUAUAUGUACGCCCGUAACCACACAUUCAACUCGUGUAUGUACAGAUACGUACAGUUGGCUACAUAACCAUAUAUACACCACACAACAGCCAGUACACUCGCACACCUCUAUACACUAAUACCUAUCCAUAUACUGUACAUAUCUAUAUAUGCAGGCACCUAUACAGUUAAUUAAUCACCCACCCACACAUCAUUCACUCAGCGCACUCGCACACACCCACGCACUCACACACCCACGCGCACACGCACACA